GAAGAAGAAGAACCCGCCAAAUCUAAAGCUGUCACUGUUUUGACACUGUUCACCGUUUCGAUGUCAUUUUUCUAAUUAUUUUUAGACAGAGCUCUUGUAAAAUGGCGAUGUGGAGCGACGUUGAGCUUCUCACGAAUGAGGAUACCAACACGGUCCGACUCGGCAGUGUGUCAAGGGAGGAGAGUGGCAGCGGCUUGUAUCAGGUGGACACACUGGUUAAAAUCUCCACCGCUAAUGAGGUGCAGGCAGAUCCCCGUCUUUUCUCCUCCAGUGGUUCAAACUGGAGUAUUGUUGUUGCUGACAAGACGGUAAUCCUGUUUGAUCAGAGCUAUCAGACCAUCCUGCUGCUUCUGCACUUUGAAACUGAUGUGGAUGCCAUCGAUGUUUGCCUGGAUGGACAGUUUUUGGUGGUCUGUGAAAGAAAUGGAAACCUUCAUUUGAUCUAUGUCCCCCACAAGAGAAUCCUGCUCACCAGGGCUUUGGUAGAGAAACCAUCCCGCAGUGAUGAGAAAACAUAUCGCUAUCUCCUUAUAGAAAAGGACAAAGGAUCUGAAGGGAUAUACCACGUGUUUCUUCUAAUAAAGGAUGGGUUUUUCCACAUUUCAAACCUUGCAUUGGGAAAGAUUGAGAAAGCUGUUGAAAAGAUGGAUGUAGGAUCUUUGAAAGAGCUCCAGUCUCAAAUCAAGAUAGACUUCUGCUCUACCAAGGAUUACCACGACGAGGGCUGCAGUACAGCUGUGAUGUUCAGUCUGGGCAAUGAAAUCCAUCUUAUGAUUGGGGGUGAUAAAGAAAAUGUUCUCACUCACUGGAUGAUGGACCCUCAUCAGGCCAAGAUGUGCCUUAUUCAGUCCGUCAGCGAUGACUUAAUUCCAGGUGUGAGGAAGAUGGUGGUGGUGGAAAAUCUGUUGUACGUUCUUGACAGUGAGGACACCCUGAGUUUAUGGGACCUUCAUUUCCUCGUCAUGAUUCACUGUUGGCCUGAUCUCGUUGUUCAUGACUUUGAACUCACCACUGAGUGUGGCUCAGCCUCCAUGGUGACCCAAGACAAGAGCAGCAUGAAGAUGAUCACACUGACCAAACAAGACAACAGUCAGAUCAACUCGCUGCAAAUUCGAUUCCUGCCCUCUAUGACUGUUUGCUACUCUCUGGAUGUCUCCUCAGUCUCUUGUCUUGUCCAGACAAAAAUAAACAUGGAUACCAUUUAUUUAGUCGAAGGAGUUUGUGAGAACCCAGAAAAUCGAGGAGAGCCCAUUUCUUCUGUUGUCGUCAGAUGCUUCACUGAGGCCUUGCCUGAGAACAGACUGAGCAGACUUCUGCACAAACACAUGUUUGAAGAGGCUGAAAAGUUUGCCAUCGCAUUUGAGCUGGAUUUAGAGCUUGUUUACAAAGUGAAGCUUGACUUUGUGCUGGAGCAGCUGGCCUCAGCGUCAGUGGGAGGAUAUGGACAGGAUGUCUGGUCUGAACUUGUGGAGGAGGCCAAGACCAACCUGAUGAAGAUCACGGAUGAGCAUUAUGUGGUGGAGUACUGCCUCAAAGCUCCAUGGCCAACAUUUGAGACAGCAGAGAAGAUGCUGAACCAUGCUGCCACACGAUACUCCUCCUUACCGAUCCAAGAGGCUUUGGCCAGGCUGGCAACCUUCUGCAGCCUGCACGGCCCAGGGCACUUCAAUGGCAUCGCCUGGAUUGAGUUCCUGAACAGCACUGACAAUUUAGGAGACAUUCUGACCCACCUAAGAGAAGGAGACAUGAAAGGUGCACAACUGCUUUGGUUAAGAUAUGAGGGACAGAUUGCUGCAGAUUUUAAUGAGAACAAGCUUGAAGCAGUGCUUGGUGCCAUCCCAGAGGACCUGCCUUCUCAAGAUCUCUGUCCUUGGUUUAGGACGGUUUUUGUUCCUUUUGUUAGACGAGUGCUUCCUGCAGGACAGAAAAUCCUGGCGCAAUGGCUGGAUCAGAGGGCAAGGAAUCUGGAGUUAACUGAAAAGGGUGCUUGGCCCCAAAAUGGGUUGGACUUGGCGAUGCUUGGAGUUCCCUCACUUUGGACCUGGAUAAAAGCUGAGGAUAAUUAUGGUUCUAAAGAGGUGGACAAUCUCAAGUCCCUGGUGUCCCACCUCCGUCAGCUCCUGGACCUCCACCAGAAAUACAACUGCAGACUUUCACUCUCAGUCUUUGAGAAGGGAAGUGUCCGUAGUGUGGCGUUCUUCAUGCUGGACAAAGUGCCAGCUCCAGAGUUGAUAGCCGCCACUGUGGAGAGCAGCAUCCUGCCAUACGCUGAGGAGCACGAGAUUCCUUUUGAUGAGCUUCUUCUACAGUAUAUCAAGGAUCUUCUGGAGCGCUGCAGCUCUCAAACAACAACACUUUUCACAGAAUGGGAAGCCAAAGCAGUGGCUGUGCUUGGCUGCAUGACGGACACAGAUCUGAUGGUGGACGCUGUUCUAGAGAUUAUGCAGAAAGCUGUGGUACCGUGGAGUAAUGUGGUAGAAAAACUGGUUCAGCAGUACCUGGAGAUGGAUGGACCAAAGCAAGAGCUUUUAAAGGAAAGUUAUCGUCUGAUGGAGAUCAGGAAGCUUCUCAGAGGUUACGGGAUCCGAAACUUCAACCUUUCAAACAGUACUCAAGUUAUGACUUUGAUCAGAUACAUCCUGAAGCAGGAUUUACCGAUGUCUUUGGGAGACUCGCUAACUUUAGCUGAAGCGUACAAACUUCCCACCUCACAGAUAAAUUACUUGUAUCUCAUCCAGCUGAUCAGCCUUGGGAAGACUGAAGAAUGCAUGACAGUCCUAAAGAAGCUGUCCUCUGUGGAGGCAGAGUGUGUGAUAGAGCGUCUCACAUCCUGGGCUCGACUGCAACUGGAGGACAAACGCCACAUAUCUGAUGAGCACAAGAAACACCAGAUGGUCAUAGCCCAGGUGAUGGUGGAGGCUCUGAAGUACCUGCACAUAAUUCAAAAACAUGAUGCUCUGAAAAGCAUGGAGUGUGAAAACAACCUCAUCAUGUUCAAGACGAUCGCCCACCUACAGGAGGACUUUGAUGUUUUCUUCACCCCAUCCAACUAUGAGGAUCCAAACAUCCAAAAACAGAUCCAGGAGCAUCACAUCACAGCUUAUGAAAACACACGGGGCCGCCACUCUUCUAAAGCAAAGGCUACAGCAACUCCAGUGGUGGCAAAUGAUCCUGAUGGUAAAACCAAGACUAUCUCCACAGAAGCUGGCUUACGUCGUUUGGGGAGGCAGCUGCAGCGCACCGAGCCGGAGCUAUGGUCUGACCUGGCCCUGCGGGCUCUGAGAGUGGGCAAAGUUGACAAGGCUCUCAAAAUCCUCAGUGAGCUGUAUGAACAUCAUUAUAACACCAGCACAGGAAAGGUUUUGUUUACAGCUGCAAAGACGUUGUGUCAGAUGCUGGAGGCAGACGUUCCCAUGGUGCUUCCUGAAGACAUGGACUUGCCCGCAGUCAUCCACGAUUUGGCUUGCCAGGCCAUUACUGUGUGCCACUCUGAUUUGCUGCUGGACUGUCUGGAGCUCUGCAAGUGCACGCGGAUGGCUAUGGAUGUGUAUCAUCAGUGUCAGCUAUCAGACAACUACGGCUUUAUAGCCAAAGACAUGAGUUUAGAGGCAGAAAAAGAUCCAUAUUCUCAGUGGACCUUUCAGGAUGUUUUUAAUGAGGACUGCAUUGUUCUGGACCCUGUGUCUGUGCUUCCAGUCCAGUAUGAAAUAACCAACUGCCUUCUGCCCAUUUCUCUGGAUACCAAACUAUACCCUCUAGACUGCUCCUGUCUCUCACACUGCUCAUUUGGAGAUGGCUCAAACUAUCUGCGGCCCCUCCUGGGUCCCCUGGCGAACAUGCUGCAGAUGUUACAGGAGUGCAGUCAGCUGGAGCUGGCCCUCAGGGUGCUUGUCAACUCAUACGGCAGCUGCCUGCAGCACGUUACCUCCAAUGUUAUGGACAUGAAGCUUAGUGUACAGCUUCAUGAUUCCCAGGAGCUUAAGAAGUACAAUGUAUGCUUGAAUAAUCUUCAAAAAACAACCAGUUCAUCUCUGAAUGCCGUUGCUGUGGCUCUCUUAAAUAAGGUGUUCAACUGGAGGGUGGUUGAUUGUGAUUUGGCUAUUGGACUUUGUACGCUCCUCUCCAAAGCAGAAGUCUUCAAGUUACUGUGGAAAGUAAUUGACAACACCUGGCAAAACUACGACAAGAUUUUGGCAGUGGCAAGGAUUGGGGCCAAUCUUUGCAGCCUGUACAAAGAGGCAGAAGAACAAGAGAAGUUCCUCUCCGUCAUCACUGAUGCUGAGUGGGGCAUCAAGCUUGGAAAGCUGGAGAUAUCCAUCCAGCCAGUUUUCCGUCAGCGGCCUGAGAUGAAGAGAAGUCUGAUCCCAGAUUUAGUGAAAAACAAGAAGAUCACACCAGACAUCAUCCUUCAGUACUGCAGCACCUUUGGUCUGGACCGUGACAGUGUGAUCAACCAGUACAUUACCACCUUACUGCUGCUACAGGAGGAUGAGGAGGGUGGUGGUGACUCGAGCACAGGCAGAGAGGAGUCACAGCCUUUAUGUCAUGCAGAUGCACUGGAGCGAGUCCUGCAGAUUAUCCCUGUGUUGCACAGCACAAGCGAGCUCACGGACAGUCUAUGUGCUGCCGUAUUCAAGCUCAGUCCUUACAACUACGAGAGGAUUGAAGUAGUGCUGAAGAUCAUCCAGGCUGCAGACGAGAACGUGACAAGCUUUUCUAUCAGCCAGGCGAUGGGACUCCUUCAGCACCUGAAGUCCUACAAGCGAGUCUCUCCCCCGUCAGACUUGGAAAGCACAUAUCUCCUGGAAAACAGCCUGCUGCCAAACCCUCUGUCCACCAGCAGGCUGCCCUUCCACCUGCUCAUGCAGACCAAACAUUACUGGAAGAUUAUCUCUCCUGAACUUAGUGAGGAGACUUUCCCCACACUUCUUCUUAUCAGCAAACUGAUGAAGGUGAGCCUUGACAAGCUGUACAUGUCUGCUGCGAACCACAUCUUUGAGAAGAAGAUGAAGCCCUUACUCCUGGAGCAGAGGAAGAAGGGUCAGGGUCAUGGGUACAAUAAGGAGACCUUCAAGGUGGCUAAGGCCAUGAUGAAGUACAUCCACUGCAUCCAGAGCCCAGAGUGGGCUGCUGCCACCGCACACAAGAUCACCCAGGAGUUGCCAGCAGGCUAUGAGAAGACACAGUCACUGAAGUUCUGUUUGGCUCUGGGAGAUGCAUGGCUGAAGGAUCCAAACCUUGAGGAAGCAGCGAGGGCCAGAGGAGAGACUUUCCUGUCCAAGCUGAAGCUACAGUUUCAGCGCUCAGCUACUGAGAAUACCUUGAUCAGCAGCCAGCUCAACAGCCCUGAAAAUCUGAAACUGACCGGGCUGCCUGCGCGGCUCAUAGUGGCUUUGUAUGAGCACAGCAGUGUGGAGCAGCAGUACAGAGACACAGGAGGUCAAACCUAUCCAGACAUACAUGCAGUGGUGAAGGAAAUUGCCUCCAUCAACAGCGUGGACCUCCUAAAGAUCCGAAACAUGAUGCUAGAAAAGUGGAUCUGCAAAACAGGACCUGCUGUCACUAAAGAUAUUGGUAACUAUGAAUGUGUCAGCAACAUCGAAGAGGAUCCAGACUUGAUGAGAGUGGUGUACAUGCUGCAGUCCUGCUCCAUGGAUGAUGCUGUCCGUCUUCUUAGCCCUGUCCUAUCUGCAGAAACCUGGCCCCUUAGCACCUCUGGGCCUCGUCUGACCUUCUGUCAUCGAACUCGAGCUCUGCUUUGUCUCGUACGUCUUGCCGAUGCUGAGACUCUGGAGACUCAGCUGCACAUCCCCAGGACCAAAAUCCAAUAUUACCUGAAGUGCUACAUCUUUGUAUCUCAACUGGAGGCGUUAAACAUCCCUUACACCGUGCAGUCGUUCCUGAGCAGUCCCAAAGAAGGCUUGGUUAAAGGGCUGUGGAAGAACCACAGCCAUGAGCCACAGGCGGUGCGUUUGGUCGCAGACUUGUGUUUGGAGUAUCUGGUGUACGACGCUCAGCUGUGGAACAGUCUGCUGCAGAAGCUGCUGGGCUUUAACUUGAUCAGCCAUCUACAGAAGGUGUUUGAAGCUGCAGUGGCCGUGCCUGCUCUGUGGGAGAUUUCUAGUUUCUCCAGGACGUGGAGGAGUAUGAUCCUGGCACCUUUUGUCUCAGCUUCUGUUCCUCUGAGUCCAGAUCAACAGGCAACACUUUAUCGGACGUUUGUUCUCCUCCUCAAGUGCCCUUUCCUGUUGAAUCUGGAUUUGAUAGGAAUUGCAAAUCGUUACGCACAGUUUAAUCUCCCCGCCUUUGCCCUGGGAACUCUACUUCUCAUCCCUUGUGCUGAUAAGAAGGCGCAGCAGAUCAAGGGCUUUCUGUCAGUUUGUAACCCUGUGGCGGUCCUUGAGCAGGUCGACGAGCUUAUGAACACAGGAGAACUGGCAGGAAUCCCCUCACAGAUCAGGGAGACUGUGAUAACUUCUAUCAGCCAAAGUGGACAGCACCAGAAACUGCUGAAAACAAAACACUUCAAACAUCUGAAGCAGCUCAUCCUGUCAAGGGGCCAACCAAACCAGGUGAAGGAUCUGGAGGACUUCCUGAUCAGCCAGAACUGUCAGGAUGACGCAGACUCGCUUGCCCGCGAGUUCAUGAGUCACCGAGAGCAUCAGAGAGGGAAACUGACCAUAAUUGGCCAACCUUCACUGAGCUGUCUGAGGGACUUUGUCAACAUACAGAACGGGAUUUCAGGGUGAAAUUUUGCUCCGUCUGUCGCUUUAUUUAUGUCACUGUUUUGACUCAGAUGCAACAUUUGCACUUCAUCAUAAAUCUUUCUCCUGUUUUUGUAAUAUUUAACCCAAUACUUUAUAUUCAUUAGUUUUAUUCUCUUUCUUCCUUGCUGGUUUAUACAUUUGUAUAUUGUAUUUGAUGCCUAACAUGAAAUAGAAGAAAUACUUAGACAAUAAAUGUCCCUCAUUUAGAAUUACUGUAAUGUCAAAAUAUGUUUGGAAACAGUAACAACAGGUUUCCUUUUUUUGUCUUUGGUGAAUAUAUAUCAAUAAAUUUGAAUUUGUUAAUA